CGAACGCCGAGCUUCAGAUUUUGCCCAGACAGCGACUCGGUGCUCGGAGCAACCGACCUUGAACUUUUUGCGCGACAGGCGCCCGCUAUGACGGCGACGUGACCAAGACAAUGUCCAAGAGCUGGGCAUCGACGCUACGACUGCCCAAGUCGACGUUCCCACCGCGCCCGCUGCCGCAGAACCGCGACCAGUACAUCCGUCGAUGCGCCGAUGACUUGUACAAGUGGCAGGCGGCAAACCGCCCGGCCGACGACGAAUUCGUGCUGCACGAUGGCCCGCCCUACGCCAACGGCAGUCUGCACGCCGGGCAUGCCCUGAACAAGAUCCUCAAGGACAUGAUCCUGCGCGUCAAGAUCCAGCAGGGCCGCCGCGUCUCGUACGUCCCCGGCUGGGACUGCCACGGACUGCCCAUCGAGCUCAAAGCCGUCGACGUCGCCGCCGGAAAGAGCAUGUCCCCCGGCGCCAUCCGCAAGGCCGCACGCAAGCUCGCCGCUAAGACGGUGACGGAACAGAUGAAGGCCUUUCGCACGUACGGCGUCAUGGCCGACUGGGAUGCCCGCUGGACAACCAUGGACAUGGCCUACGAGGUCCGCCAGCUGAGGCUGUUCCAGAGGAUGGCCCGCCGCGGGCUCGUCUACCGCCGCUACAAGCCCGUCUACUGGUCGCCUUCGUCCGGCACCGCCCUGGCCGAGGCCGAGCUCGAGUACAACGAGGCUCACGUGUCCAAGGCCGCCUACGUGCGCUUCCCCGUCGUCGGCGGGCACGAGGGGCUGCCGGGGCUGGACCGGUUGGAAGGGCGCCUGUAUGCCGUCAUCUGGACCACCACGCCCUGGACCCUGCCGGCGAACCGCGCGAUCGCGGUACACGACGAGCUGACUUAUCACCUCGUGAGGGCCGGACAGGACGCUUUUCUGGUCGCCGAGAACUGCCUGGAGCGCGUCGCCAAGGUGCUGCCGGGGGCGCCCGAGGUCGAGGUCCUCGCCACGGUUAAGGGCUGUGAGCUCACCCGGCUGCGGUACGUCAACGUGCUUCGCGGCCGGUCGGCCGAGCCGCAGCCGUUCAUGCACGGCGACUUUGUGACGGACGGCUCGGGAAGCGGGCUGGUCCACUGCGCGCCGGGGCAUGGCUUCGACGACUACCUGGCCUGCUUGCCUCGGGGCAUCCCCGUGUCGGCCCCCGUGGACGGCGACGGCCGGUUCACGGACGAGGCGUUCCCCGACCAGCCGGACCGCUUGCGGGGCAUCUCGGUUCUCGACGGUGGCAGCAGCGCCGUGCUCGAGAUCCUUGGGGACGACGUCUUGGACGUCCACGACUAUCGUCACAAGUACCCCUACGACUGGCGGACCAAGCAGCCCAUCAUCAUCCGGGCGACGGCGCAGUGGUUCGCCGACGUGGGUACCAUCAAGGACGCCGCGCUGGCAGCCAUCGGCAAGGUGCGCUUCGUUCCCGAUAACGCAAAGAACAGGCUCGAGGCCUUCGUCAAGGGCCGCAGCGAGUGGUGCAUCUCGAGGCAGCGGGCCUGGGGCGUGCCGAUACCCGCCCUGUACGAGCCCGACGGCAACGCGGUCAUGACCGACGAGGUCAUCGACCACAUCAUCUCGGUCAUCCAGGAGCGGGGGACGGACGCGUGGUGGACCGACGCCCCCGACGACCCGGCCUGGAUCCCCGAGGCGCUCCGCGGCAGGGGCCAGUACUCGCGCGGGCGAGACACGAUGGACGUCUGGUUCGACAGCGGCACCAGCUGGACCAUGAUGGGCGACAAGCAGGCCGACCUGUAUCUGGAGGGCUCCGACCAGCACCGCGGUUGGUUCCAGUCCAGCCUGCUCACCAGAGUAGCCGCUGCCGCCGACGCGGACCACGACGGCGGGUCCGACGGCGGGCGGCGGACCACGGGGUCGACAACGACCGACACGCUCGGCCUAUCGCCCUUCAAGACACUCAUCACACAUGGCUUCACGCUGGAUAAGGACGGCAAGAAGAUGUCCAAGUCGCUGGGCAACAUCAUCUCGGCCGACCAGGUCAUGGACGGCUCGCUCCUGCCGCCCCUCAAGCCCAAGAAGAAGUCGGGCAACGCGGGCCCGGUCAAGGACGCGCUGGGCCCGGACGCGCUCCGCCUCUGGGUGGCCAGCAGCGACUACACGCGCGACAUCGUGCUGGGCGAGCCGGUGCUCAAGACGAUCCACCAGGCGCUGCUCAAGUACCGCACGACCAUCAAGAUGCUGACGGGGUCGAUGCACCGGUCGGCCCGGACGGCGCCCCUGACGGCGGUCGACGAGAUCGCGCUGCUGCAGCUGGGCGACGUCAUGGACGAGGUGGGACGGCACUACGACGCGCACGAGUUCAACAAGGCGUUUGGCGCGCUCAACCGCUGGCUCGCCAACGACCUGUCGGCCUUCUACCUCGAGGCGCUCAAGGACCGCCUCUACUGCGCCGACGGCGGCGGCGUGCUCGAGCCCAUCUUCGUCGGCUUCCUGCGCAUGCUCGCCCCCGUCGCCCCGCUGCUGGUCGAGGAGGCCUGGGAGCACCGGCCGCAGUGGCUCAAGGACGACGACCCGGACGCGCUCCACCCGCUGCGCCAGCUCUACCGCGCGCCCCUGAUCGACCCGGCCCGGCUCACCCGCGACCCGGCCGAGCUGAGGGAGGCGGUGCCGGUGCUCAUGGCCGCGCACGCGGCCAUCAAGGCGGCGUCGGAGCCGGCCCGUGCCGACAAGGUGCUCGGCUCGUCCCUGCAGUGCCACGUCGUGCUGGAGGUGCCCGAGGGGGGGCGGGCGCUGCGGAUCCUGCGCGCGCACGAGGCGGAGCUGCCCGCCAUGUUCGUCGUGUCCUCGGUGGAGCUCAACGGCGCCGUCGGGGAGGAGGAGAAGGAGGAGGGGUGGAAGUACUGCCAGCAGUUCGAGCUGGACGGGCAGCAGUGCAAGGCCUGGGUGCUCCCGCCACGGCAGGCCAAGUGCCCCCGCUGCUGGAGGUACGUGGCGCCCAGCGAGGACGAGCUGUGCGGGCGGUGCGAGGAGGUCGUAGGCCAAUCUGUUGUACAGUAGGCGCGCGUGUGUGUAUUGUGUGUGUUCCGUAAUGUAUACAUACUAUAGAGAUGUAAGAUCAAAGUUCCAGUUACCGAAAUAUAUGAUUAUAG